UGAAAAACUUAUACCUACUUUCAACCUUGGCUUUCUCAGCGAGGGUCAUCGCUUUUCCUGCCUACGCCUCAUUGGCCGGCCUCAGCGAGCGGGAUUUGGAGGCUAUCAUACCUACACUCGAGGCUCGAGAGCCCGCACCACCUCCAGGACCUCUGGAGGACACUUCCGCAAAAUUGGUGAACGACAAGGCUCACCCGUGGAAACCCCUUCGACCGGGCGACAUCCGUGGACCGUGCCCUGGUCUCAAUACUUUAGCAUCUCACGGGGACCUCCCAAGAAAUGGCAUCGCAACGCCCGCUCAAAUAAUUACUGCAGUUCAAGAAGGAUUCAAUUUCGCAUAUGGAAUCUCACUCUUCACGACAUAUUCGGCGCACCUUGUGGACGGCAAUCUUAUCACGGACUUGCUUAGCAUUGGACGCAAGACGAGGCUCACUGGGCCUGAUCCCCCACCACCUGCCACCGUUGGUGGACUCAAUGAGCACGGAACCUUCGAAGGCGACGCUAGCAUGACCAGAGGUGAUGCAUUCUUCGGCAACAAUCAUGAUUUCAAUGAGACGCUCUUUGAACAGGUGAUCGACUACAGUAACCGAUUCGGAGGAGGAAAGUACAAUCUUACCGUCGCGGGGGAAUUCCGGUUCAAGCGCAUUCAAGACUCGAUUGCGACGAACCCUGAAUUCUCCUUCGUCAACUUAAGAUACCUUACUGCCUACGGAGAGACCGCCUUCCCCGUCAACGUUUUCAUAGAUGGACGCAGGAACGACGGCCAGUUAGAUCUCGACAUUAUGCGUGGAUUUUUCCAAUUCAGCCGUAUGCCUGACGACUUCUUCCGUGCAGAGGGGUCGAGAAGCAACGGAGGAGUCGACGUGGUCAUACGGGCUCAUCCGAUGCAGCCUGGAAGAAACGUCGGCAAGAUCAACAGCUUCACCGUCGACCCUACGUCUGCCGACUUCUCCACUCCCUGCUUGAUGUACGAGAACUUCGUCAACCAGACAGUCAAGGGACUCUACCCGAAUCCGACAGGACAACUUCGCAAGGCGCUUAACACGAAUCUCGGUUUCUUCUUCCUGGGGAUAGACAGCACCUUCAAUGGAUGCACCCAGAUGUUCCCAUACGGGAGAGACUAAU